UAAAAAGAUGGAUCUUCAAUUCAUAUAUUCUCAUACAACAACUACAGCUUUAAAGAGCAAUAUAUUUUAAUUUCUAGGUUUUUAUCAUCAUGUUCUCUUCCACCGACGCAAACCCUCUUCAUCCCCAGUUUCCGGUGGCUUCCACCACCUUUCACGGCGGCACCGACCACCACCAGACUCUCCUUCCUCAGCUCCAAGACCACCACCACCUGUUUCCAAAUACCCACAUGCUGGUUUCACCUAACAACAACGUUAAUAAUACUAAACCCCUAAACAGUUAUGUCUUCCCCAGCAGCUGCCGGCGUAGAACAAAGAAUAAGGAUCGGCACACCAAAAUCUUGACGGCUCAAGGCCCGAGGGAUCGGAGGGUUAGGCUCUCAAUCUGUAUCGCUCGUAAGUUCUUUGAUCUUCAAGACACUUUGGGUUUCGACAAGCCCAGCAAAACACUCAAUUGGCUCUUCGCUCAAUCAAAACUCGCCAUUGAAGAGCUUUUCCACGCCACCACCACCCAUACUAAAAUGCCUGUUGAAGACUCCCAAGAAAUGGGCAGAAGGGCAAAAGAUUCUCCCAAAGAAGAAGAAGAAGAAGAAGAAGAAGAAGAAGAAGAAGAAAGUAUUGGGGUUUUUACUGAUCUUGCUAAACAGACUAGGGCAAAGGCAAGGGAGAGAGCUAGGGCAAGAACUAUCAAGAAAAUGUGCUUUAAGGAGCUGAGUGAAGCCAAGAUGUUACUGGCCGCCACCGAGACUUCUCCCUUACACAAGAAUGAGCUAACUACUAAAGAAUCCAUAACCCCAAGGAUUUGCUCAGUGUGGGAUAUUCCUAAGCAUCUUAUGAUGCCAAAAGGUUUCAGAAAUGGCGGCUAUUCUCAAAAUGUUAGUUCAUCCCAAGAAGGAUUGCAUUGAUAUGGCUCCCAAACAUACUGGAGGACCGUUUGGUGAAAUCGUAUUCAGGUGCGGUGCAAUUUUUCAAAAGUUUGUAAGUUCGCACCUUAAAGUCAAU